AUUCGUUUCGUGCUACUGCUAGUGCAGUAUCAUCUGGUGUCAUCGGGUCCCUUCAAACUGCUUCAUACACGGCACGUUUUUUAGACUAGAAUCUUGGUCAAUCCUAAUUACAAGUGAGUUAAAAUGGGUUUGCAUUUUGGAAACCUUGCAAAAGUCACAGGCAUCACAUACUUUCGUCUUAGCCCUUAUGAACAAAGGGCUUUUGCUGGUUUACUUGAUGGUUCAGGUAGAUGGGUAAAACGCAUGAGAUCAGGCUUCCUACGAGCUGCACCCUUCUUCAUGGGUACUUAUAUGGCACAGGCAUGGGCAACUGAAACAAACCACAAACUUCACCGUAAGGAUCCAAAAGAUUAUGAAAAUGACCAAUAAUUUAAAUGUAGGAUAAGUAUUCAUAAUUGAGUUAAACAUAGUGUAUACAUGUAAUGGUAAUAAUAUCGAAUAUAUAACUAACUAAAGUGUGAUAAUAAAAUUCUUUUCUUUUA